CCUGAAGCUGGUUCACAAACCGGCUCCAAACAAACAGAAAAGUGUUUGAGCGGAAGUGUUUCCCCAAUUUCUUGGUGGUAAUUCUGCUCCAGCUUCGGUUCGGACGGAAAGAUGAACGCUCCUCCAGCCUUUGAGUCAUUUCUGCUGUUUGAGGGAGAGAAAAAGAUCAGCAUCAGCAAAGACACAAAAGUUCCCAACGCCUGUUUGUUCACGCUGAACAAGGAGGACCACACGCUGGGCAACAUCAUCCGAGCUCAGCUUCUGAAGGAUCCUCAGGUUCUGUUUGCUGGUUACAAAGUUCCUCAUCCUCUGGAACACAAGAUCGUCAUCCGAGUCCAGACCACACCUGACUACAGUCCACAGGAAGCGUUCACCAACGCCAUCACAGACCUGAUCAGCGAGCUGUCGCUGUUGGAGGAACGUUUCAGAGUCGCCAUCAAAGACAAACAGGAAGGAAUAGAGUGACCCCUCCCACUGUGAUGACCUCACAGCUUCCUUUCUGUUUGUGUUUUUCUAAUAAAAAUGCGAUGUCAUAUCCUGUA